GCAGGCUUGGCCCUCCCUGGUUCCUGUGGCAACCUGGACAGGGAACCCCACCCCUCCAUGGUUCCUUCAGCUCAGUCCCCAUAGCAACAGCAACACGGGCGCCCAGAAAGGGGAUGGAUCCCAGCCCCGUGGGGCCUGCGAAAGACCCCGGGGCCCAACCCCACCGUCCCGUGGCCGCGGCCCAGAGAUCGGCUUCGGCCUGCUACUCCCACUCGGAGGAGUUCCUGUCUCGGGUCAGCUGCGAUCUCACCAACGAGGCCCUGAGCGGAGCCCGCUGCCCGCCGACUCCGAUGCCUCCCAAGGAGCCUCAGAGACGGGACCAGGGCACUCAGAUGUCUCGCCACGUGCUUCCAGUCACCCAGACCCGUGGCACAGACACUCGAUCAGACAAAAACCGGACCCGAAACAAGUCUCAUCUGCUGCCGCCUCGAGAUAUGGGUGAAGAUUUCAUGAAUGAAGAGGGGAAGACCCUGAUUCCUAGGGGGAAAGACUUCUCCCAGCACAAGCAGGUGGAGGCUGUGCGACAGGAGGAGACCAUGAGGGGGGUGUUCUUGACGGACCAUCGCCCUCCCCGCAGGGCCCCUGGGGCCCCGGGUGGCCUCUCCCCACUUGUCUCCAAGAGGGAGCUUGGAAACGUUAAGCCCUUGGGUCGGAGCCAUUCCCUGCCGCGUGCUCCUGAUACCCCGAUCCUGAGCUCAGGAAUGACCUCCGGCUGUCAGCGGCCUCCUAAGGCCCCUUGCUAAAAGCCUCCUCUCCUCGCUUGGCCUCCACAGCCCUAGGAAUCAGGGUCUAAUAAAGAGAUGGGGAUACCCCUCCACUCCAA